AGUAAAGGCAAAAACUUCGACGGUUACAAGAAAAUACUUGUCCGAACACACAGAUUCUAUAAAUAUUAAAGACAUAUGACCAUGCAUUUCUUCAUCAAAAUUAUCAAACUCUUACGCACCAAAAACAUUAGAAAAUGGAGAUAUCACUUGCAUCAUUUGCUAUGCUUGUUGUAUUGUGGUGGAUAUGGAGAAUGGUGGAGUGGGUUUGGGUUAAGCCUAAGAUGCUUGAGAGUUACCUGAGAAAACAAGGUCUUGUCGGAACUCGUUACACGCCUCUUGUCGGAGAUGUGAGAAGAACUUUUAGCAUGUUGAAGGAAGCAAGAUCGAGACCGAUGAAACCAACGGAUGAUCUCAUUUCACUUGUCAUGCCUUAUUCCUUUCAAAUGCUCAAUACUUACGGAAAUUCUUAUUUUACAUGGUUAGGACCCGUACCAUCCAUCACAAUAAUGAAUCCACAACUGAUCAAAGAAGUGUUUAACAAAGUUUAUGAUUUCCCUAAGACUCACACGUUUCCUUUGCUUGCGUUGAUAACUGAUGGACUCGCUAAUGCUGAUGGAGACAAAUGGGCUAGACAUCGGAGGAUCAUCAACCCCGCCUUCCACUUUGAGAAGAUCAAGAAUAUGGUCCCUACGUUUCAUCAAUGUUGUCGCGAGGUUGUGUGCGAGUGGGAGAAGUUAGUUUCAGAUAAAGGGUCAUCCUGUGAGGUUGAUGUUUGGCCAUGGAUUGUGAAUUUAACCGGGGACGUGAUUUCUCGUACGGCUUUCGGUAGCAGCUACAAAGAAGGACAGAGGAUAUUCAUCCUACAAGAGGAACUAGCAAAGCUCAUCAUGCAAGCUCUUGGAAAGAAUUACAUCCCUGGAUAUCGGCAUUUCCCAACGAGGAAUGCUAGAAGGAUAAAGACAAUAGUUGGAGAAAUUCAAGCUAUACUAAAAGAGCUCAUUACCAAAAGGGAAAAGGCUAGAAAAGCUGGAGAAACACCAAGUGACGAUUUGUUGGAUCUACUUCUUGUAUCAAAUUCAGGUGAAACUAAAGGAAAUGGACUGACCACCGAAGAAAUUAUUGAAGAUUGCAAGUUGUUUUAUUUUGCGGGACAAGAGACCACUUCAGUGCUUUUGACUUGGACCAUGGUUUUGUUAAGCCAACACCAAGACUGGCAAGCUUGCGUGCGAGAGGAAGUGAUGCAAGUUUUUGGUGAUAGAGAUCCCGAUCUUGAAGGCAUUAAGCAACUCAAAGUUAUGACGAUGACUCUUUAUGAGGUUCUUAGGCUAUACCCUCCAGUCAUCCAGAUGAACAGAGCAGUCCUCAAAGACAUCAAACUAGGCCAUUUGAAAAUACCAGCCGGUGUUCAAGUCAAUAUACCUGUUCUGCUAAUCCAUCGUGACACUAAGCUCUGGGGCAAUGAUGCAGCAGAGUUCAAGCCUGAGAGGUUCAAAUAUGGGGUCUCAAAGGCAACAAACAACCAGGUUUGCUUCUUGCCUUUUGGAUGGGGACCGAGGAUUUGCAUCGGUCAGAAUUUUGCUCUCUUGGAGGCAAAGAUGGCUCUGGCUUUGAUUCUACAGAGAUUCUCCUUCGAACUUUCUCCUUCUUAUGUGCAUGCACCUUACACAGUCAUCACUAUUCAUCCACAGUUUGGUGCUCAUCUUAUCCUAAAGAAGCUAUGAUCUUGUGAUAAUAUUACAUAAACUUGUUCUACACGAGCAAACAAGACAGCAUAGAGAAACUAAUCAAGAUCACAUUCAUCAAACCAUGUUUCUGAAUGCUUCCUUGAUAACUACCCCAUCUUCUUAGUGUAAUAAUUCAAAGUUUAAAUAAAUUUAUUAUUUCGGAUAGUGUACACAUAUAUAUAGUCACCAAUAACCAUAUAUAUUCAUUUUUGUUAUUUUUACUUGAAAGUUGUCCUAAUUGUAUUUAUUGAGUUUCAUGGACAUCUAACUUGUCCCAUUAACUAUUGCAAAGUUGAUAUUGUGUAAUCAGAAAAUAUGCAUAUAAAUAAUAUGAUUUCCUAAUUCAUACAAUAUGUAUUUAUAUAGACUUUGUAGGUUUGUUGUUUAUUAUAAUUAUUUAUAUUUUUCUUUUGCUUGUAUUUGUUUUUAUUAUAUAGCUUCUUUUUCAUAAGAAAUUACCUUUGUUAAUUUAUAUUUUUAAGAUCUAAAUAUUAUUAUUAUUAUUUUUUUUUUUUUUAGAAAACAUAAAAUUUUUAUUCAACCCAUUAAUGGGAAAUCAGUUUCGGUUACAAAGUCGAUUUGAACAAAAGCUCCCUAGUCAAUGUAUUACAACCUAGCUUCGCCCGCCCACUAGACCCGACACAUUCCACUAGGCCAUUUUUAAAAUUCUAAAGAAUCGGUUGCCGUUCUCAACCAUCGAUGAAUACCACAGGACCGUGAGGUUCACCUCGUUACCGAGGUUGCCGGGAACUCCCAUGUCAUCUCCGGAGUAACUAGUUCCCGAUGAACUCUUCGAACCUCGUUACCGUUACCGUCCAUGAAGUCCAAGACGAGCAUAAAGAUGAGAGAAACUCUUACCAAGAGAUGUCCAUCUCCAUUGCCGCCACGAAAGGAGCAAGAAACCGGGUUGAUAUCAACGCCACAUCCUGUCAAGAAGCCUCAAAAACCUGCAAGUAAAGUCAGGCUACACUGCCGCAUAAUCAGACAGACAACACGACACCGGGAAGGUAGCUUAGACGAGCUGUUGACCCGAGGUGAUCAAUGACUCUCCGGAGAACCACCUCUACAACUCCGACUAUCGAGAACCGAUAGACCGUUUACCAACCGUAAGAACCAGCUUCUGAGUCAUCGAAGCGGUGAAAAGAAUGACGCAAAGAGACAGCUCCGGAAAGAAAGUGGCCACUUUCAACGCAGAGAACUUGACAGGGUGCCGUUGGGGAUAGAUCGGAAGUGAAGCGGAGCCUCAGGUGACCAUCGAGAAGCCAUAGACGACUGUCUGUCACAACCACCAGAAACAACCACACACGCCGGAACGAAGCCUAAUACCAUCUCCGAGCCUGCGUAUCGAGACUCCAGACGCGCUUCCGGGAACAAACACCACCGAAAUUCACUUGAUAACAGAAGGAAGGGUUGAAUCUUACCGACACCGGAAAGAACCAAGAGACCAACCACCGCUACCGAAAGUCACCAUCGUUUAACGAACGACACCGCCGCCGUCUAAUAAAUGGAACAGACCAUCAAAA